CUUUCCCUCUCUACCAUGCAGUGGUGUAUAAGCGGUGAGUGUGUCUCGACCAGUGAUGGUCUACCUGGACCAGUGGACGGUGGAUGGUCGGACUGGGAAGCUGAGUUCAGUCAAUGCUCGAGGUCUUGUGGGACAGGGGUUCGAGUUAGGAAGAGGAAAUGUAACGACCCAACCCCUGUGUAUGGAGGGCUAGCAUGCGAAGGACAAGGACGGGAGGUUCAGCUUUGUAAUAUGAUGCCAUGUCACAAUGUAACGUUGGACAAUUAUAAGAACGAGCAAUGUUCUGCAACAAACGGCGUUCAGUUCAACAAUCAGUACUAUACAUGGAGGGCCUUCUUAUCUUCAAUCAUUAAAGGCAACAACGUUUGCAAGCUCCAAUGCAUAUCGAAUGCAAACUUCUAUGCUCUCCGUGAACCAGGGAAGUAUGCAGACGGUACACGGUGCUGGCAUGAUGAAACAGGAGAACAAGCUCUUACAAAAGCAUGUGUGGACGGACUCUGUAAGGAGUUUGGUUGUGAUGGUGUUACGGGUUCUGGACGUAUCAAGGAUGUAUGUGGUCGAUGUGAUGGUUCAGGGAGGACGUGUAAGAGACACGUAGGAAGAAUCAGGAACGGUGGAGCCGUGCAUGAUUUCAAAACAUUCCUUCAAAUUCCUGUGAACUCGACUGCUAUCAAGAUAACGAACCAGAAUCUACGUUAUACUCAUAUGUCCGUGGAAGCUGACGGUGAGAUAGUAUUCCGCGGUCAGAUGUUCAUUCCUCCUCUCAGCCAGCGUUACAGUCAUAGCGGUAUGAUCAUCAAGUAUCUAGCUGAUGCCUUCCAUAAUAAAGAACAUAUCUGGGUUCUCUCUGGGCCUACCACAGCAGUCCUAGAUGUAUCUGUGAUCUUGCUACACAAUCCUAGAUAUCUUGGGAGUAGGGUUAAACCAGAUAUCACCUGGGAGUUCUAUGCUCCCGUCACGGAGCCUGUCAGAUAUUAUUGGCAGCAUGAGAUGUUGAGUGGAUGUACAGUGACGUGUGGUGGAGGAAUCAAGAUCAGACGUGUCUUCUGUACAGAGAACAUAGGAGGUGAGGCAGGUGAAGUGAGUGAUUUAUUCUGCGACUCCACCAAGAGGCCAUCAGAGCGCCGUAGCUGUCAAAGCCAGCCUUGCCCCGUACCGGUCUGGGUCGUGGGACAAUGGAGUCUAGUAUGUCAAGUCAUCAAAAUUAAUUGAUUGAUUCCAACAUUUACCUUUUAGCUGAUUUUUAUACUGCUAAAUUUUGGUCCGAGCAAAACUAAAUCUUAUCAAUUUUAUCUGAAAUAGAACCUUCCGUGGAAGUGUCGUAUAUAAGAUGACUUUAUUUGUGAGGUUUUAUGUGAUAGUCCCAAUAUUGACAGUAGC